AUGUCGGCGCUUCACAGGCUGUUCGACAUACAACCCGCUUCCAACAUUGCCAAUCCCGAGCCUACCUACCAGAAGAGCAAGGGCAAAGUACCCCAUACCCUCAAUGAAGUGGGUAUACUGCCAGAGCCCGUCGAGCUGAACGACUUAUCGUCCAGCAAGAAUGAUGGCGAAGGUCGGAAACCUGCGCCUGGCCAGGACAUGCAAAAGGGCUUCCAAACACCGAGGACGCCGAAUGAACUUGAGAUGAGUCGGCCGCCGACGCCUAGUCACGAUGAUGCUGUUGGGUUGAUACGAAGGUGGAAUGGUGAUCGGAUGACCAAGUGGAGGAUUCUGUGCUGUUGUAGCAUUUACUUUUCUAAUGGGAUGAAUGAUUCUGUUGUUGGUGCUUUGAUCCCAUACAUUGAGUCGUACUACCACAUCUCAUACGCCAUCAUGUCGUUGGUGUUCGUUACCAAUGCUAUUGGUUUCAUUUCCGCUGCUUUCUUUACAAACAUUAUCUUGGGGAAGUUUGGAAGGGCGAAAACGUUGAUCACCGCGGAGUUGAUCGGAUUAUCUGCUCAUGUCAUUCUCGUUUGCACACCUCCUUAUCCACUAGUAGUUACCGCCUUCUUCCUCUUGGGAUUCGGUGCUGCUAUCAAUCUGGCUCUCAAUAAUGUGUAUUGCGCGAACACGCAUCCACCAAGUGUCAUCCUGGGUCUGGCACAUGGCAGUUACAGCGUGGGUGGCAUUAUCGCACCCAUCAUCGGAACAGCCAUCGUCUCAAGGGGUAUUCUUUGGUCCCGAUUUUACUUCCUUACCGUCGGCUUGCGAUUCUUCUGCAUCGCAUUCGCGGGAUUAACAUUCUGGUCCUACACCGAGGACGCCGAGGAGUCUCUUCUGGAGCCCACUUCGACCAGGCAAACGGCUACAGAGGACGCAGCAUCCAAGUUCAAGAACCUCAAACUUGCGCUGAAGAACAAGGUGACCAUCAUCGGAGCAAUCUUCAUUUUUGCGUACCAGGGUGCCGAAGUUAGCAUCUCAGGCUGGUUCAUUUCGUAUCUUAUCAAUUACCGUAAUGGUGAUCCUGCAAAGGUCGGAUACGUUACGGCUGGUUUCUGGGUAAGACGUUUUGUCCUCACUCACGCAGCACCGCGGAUAGGCGAGAAGUUCUUUGUUGUAAUCCUUACAUGCGGCCUCGUUGGCCUCCAACUCCUUGCCUGGUUGACGCCAAAUUUGAUCGGAAAUGCCGUUGCCGUAUGCUUACUCGGUCUGUUGAUGGGUCCCAUCUACCCAUGCGCGCAGACUAUCUUCUCGCGCCUCAUGCCUCGUCACGUCCAGACGACUGCAGUUGGCUUCAUCGGCGGAGCAGGUAGCUCUGGUGGUGCGGUAGCUCCCUUUACGACUGGUCUACUCGCGCAAGCCUUGGGAACAUGGGUGCUCAAUCCAGUCUGUCUAGGCAUGUAUGCGGUGAUGUUUGCCUGCUGGUUCGCCUUGCCCAAGGUGCGCAAGCGGACUGAGUAG